GCGAAACGUGCCGUAUCGUACGAUACCUCGCGUAGGUAUUUGUGCGAAUUUUAAACUUUUAUAUCUUGUAUGCAGUGAAAAUUAAUUGAACCUUCCAUGAUUAAUAUUAUUUAUCAUUGCAUCAGCCGAAUACACAAAGAGUUAUAAUUCCUAUAACUUGGCCGAGUAACUUUAAAUCGGACGUUAGUGUUCGCAAAAUAUUGAAUAAACACUUAAAUAAUUAAAAUCGUAUUACUGCUUGGAUCUAAUGGGAGAUAGAGAUUGGAGACCGUUUGUCUACGGCGGUCUGGCGUCGAUCGUUGCAGAAUUUGGGACGUUCCCCAUAGACACAACAAAGACCCGCCUGCAGAUCCAGGGGCAGCAGAUUGACCCGCGCCAUGUGGAGCUGCGCUACUCGGGCAUGGUGGACUGCUUCCUCAAGACCAGUCGCCAGGAAGGUGUCAAGGCUCUGUACUGUGGGAUAUGGCCGGCGGUUCUCCGGCAGGCGACGUACGGCACGAUAAAGUUCGGCACGUACUACUCGCUGAAGGCGGCGCUGGCGGCGCGGCGCGCGGAUGGCGGCGCGGCCGAGCACCUGCCCACCAACACCUUCUGCGCGGCGUUCGCGGGCGGCUUCUCCAGCGCCAUCGCCAACCCCACCGACGUGCUCAAAGUGCGCAUGCAGAUGGGGUCGGAGAAGCGCGCGCUGGCGCGGUGCCUCGCGGACAUGUACCGGCGCGAGGGCGCGCGCGGGCUGUGGCGCGGCGUGGGCCCCACCAGCCAGCGCGCCGCCGUCAUCGCCGCCGUGGAGCUGCCCGUGUACGACGCCUGCAAGAGGCGGUUCACGCCCGGCUUGGGGGACACGCCUCUCAACCACUUCGCCUCGAGCUUGCUGGCCAGCUUGGGCAGCGCCGUGGCCAGUACGCCGCUGGACGUCAUCAGGACGAGAAUGAUGAAUCAAAGAAAAGUGAAAGGCCACGUGAGCAAGCCGUCCGAGAAGAUAUACACUGGCACCAUAGACUGCUUUUUACGGACGGUGCGCAGUGAGGGUUUCCUGGCGCUGUACAAGGGCUUCGUGCCGACGUGGCUGCGCAUGGGGCCCUGGAACAUCAUCUUCUUCCUCUCCUACGAGCAGCUCAAGCAGUUCUACUGAACCACCCCACCGACCCGGGUUACUAGUAUACAAGAUGGCACCAUCGACACGGCCGGUAGCCGUAGAAGCGGUUUCAUCCACGCCCGAAGAGGAAAAUCAUCAGCAGCGAGCGUGAGGAGGCAACACGCUUCCUUCACCGCUGACCCACUUUAUGUGUAGGGUGUAGUAUAAGAUUACUUGGUACAAGUGCCGCUACGUCCGCUAGGUUAUUAAAAUCAAAGGAAAAAUACAAAAAUAAAAUCUUUGUAUUUUUAAUGGUUUAGUACGAAACGGUUUGACAGAGUUAGGUAUUUGUUGUAUUCGUAACUGCCAAAAGUUUAUUUUUAAGCAUUUUGUAAAGUUCCUUAUUUUAGAGUGAGAAUAUUUCUUGAUAAGUUUUUAAAACAAUCGGUUCAAUGCUGGUUUAAAACUAUAGUUACAAGCUGUAACACUACGAUUUUACUCCAAGGACCAGUCUACUCGGUCAGUGAUACUUUGAUAAAGUAGUACCUCUCGCCCGAUGGUAAGCAGUUGUCGAAGCGUAUGGCCGCAAACAAUUUUAGGGGCGUCACAAACGUAAAAAUUGCUUGUAAAUGUAGAAAUAUUAUCAUUGUCCUAGCAACGGUCGGUAAAAGAUAACAUGUACGAGUAAUAUGGGGUUCAUUCCUCUCCUUAUCUUAUCAAACGCUUUAAGAGAUUUGCCGAUUUGUUAAUUCGUUGUCAGUUGUCAUCGAGAUGAUUUUUAGUGUUACGUACAAAACUUUGGUCACGGCAAGGUCACGGAUCACUUUGGUCUUCAAUUUGCAAGACCAUUACCGAUUUCGGUUAAAUGCGUUUUUUGUUUAGGUUUGACAUUGAUACUUUCACUGCAAAAAUGGAACUGGGCGUAACUGUUUUUAUGUAAAGUAUUAAAUAUGUACCUAUCGAGCUUAGAAUAGUAGCGGGAUUGUGUGAGUUAUUGUUAGGUAGGUAUAUAGUAGGUAGGUAAGGUGAAUCGUUGACAUAUCGCUUGAGAUUAAGGGUACCUAGUGCCAGAGAACCUCAGUACUUACAACUCUAUAUUAAAAUCACGAAGUGAUAGAACAGUCAGCCGCGGGAGACACUUGAUACCUCCCGGUACUGACACUAUUAGUCGUUUUUAACCAACUUCAAAGUGAAGGUUUCUGAAUCCGUUGGGUUCUUUAUAUUUUUGUAGGAUUUUUAUGUUUCGAUAUUUUGAAGUUUAAAAAAAGAUAUGUUUCGUUUAAAUAUUCCCACAAAUAGUCCCAUUUACAUAUAUGUCGUCAGAUGGUCUGAUGAUCGUGUCAAAAAUAAGGAAAUCUUCAAUCACACUCACUAACCACAUUUAUGGUAAGUAUUUUUUUUAUUGUAACUCGUGCAUUUGCCCUCAGAAGGCACCGUUCCGUGAAGUACCUUAGGUAACAGCAAUUCUAGUAAUCGGCUACAAAACUGGUAGAAUGUUAGAGUUUGUGAAGCCGGCCAUUAUGCGACGGGAGGUCGCGUGCCGUGUCCCGCCGAGCGGCACGCGGGGCAGGCGGCUAACACAACACUGUCGGGUCCCUUUCAUUCAACUAUUGCUUUUACCAAUGUUUUACCAUACUGACAAGUACCUAGAUUUUGGUCCUGAGCACAUUUGAUGUUUUAGACUUUAGAGGGUAGUCAUAGGUACACUAUAAUGUGAUUUAUGUUUUGUGACCACUAUUUUAUCCAUGUAAACCUAAACGGUUUUUGGUUAAAAAGGAUAUGUUAACCUUAAGAUGAAAAAAAAUCUGUAAGCGCGUUUUGUCGAUGAAAUGUUAAAACGAUAAUAAGAUCCAUUUUAGGAUAUGGUGGUUUUUUUUUGUAUAAAUGUAUGUUGUCGGCUGGUGAAACUUGCUGAGCUUAUAAUGUAAGUAGUCAAUUUUAUAAUCUCAAUGUAGGACUUUUUUAUGUAUGUAUCGUUAUGUAUAAUUAUGUAUAUAUGUUUAUGGUACCAAUAAGCCGUGUAGUGCUUUCUAUCAGUCUUGUAAGAUGCGAAGUAUUACGUUCACGGGUGGUUCUAUAAAACCUUAGUGCUUUGAAUUAAAGUUCACUGAUAGUCAUAAAGUUGAAUAGGUAAAUAUGAAGUAGAUGGGAUGGAAACACGAUUGAACUCGUAAUUUAGUUAAUUUAAUUUAAUUUGUAUCAUAAAGAGUCCUGAGGAGAGGAGAUAAAUGUCACUGCUUUAAAUAAAAUAAAAAAAUAACAAUUUAUAACAGAAACUUUAGUGAUGGCCGGUUAAGCCAGGUUGAGGUCCGGCGAGGGUACCGUGUGGGGGUACCGUGAGGGUCGCAUUUAUAGUUUGAAGUACUAUCGAAGGGACUUUACAAGUUUAGACACUAGGUAUCAUGAACCUACUUAUAACAAAAUAUCAGUUCAAUAGUAGAAUUAGAUAGAACAUACAUACAGCUUUACUUUUGAAUAUGUUGCUGCUAGUUCAACUAAAUCAACGUGAGAAUAGGUUGUGUGGAGCCGAAUACCUAUAAGCAACUAUCACAAAAUAUACACAUAGGUAUGUACGUGAGGUGUUGGUCCUUUGGGUUUUACGGUUUUAACGUGCUUCAGUGAUGACGAUGUUCUUGAUUGUUCACACGCAUCUAACACAAAUCGAGGCGUACUCGUAUUAUGAUAGCUACCGAACUGGUAGCUACGGAGAACUAAGUUAAUAAAAAUGAUUUAAAAAAUAAAUGAACAGGAGUACCUAGACACAAUCACCCCAAAACCCGAAGGAGAAGGAAUUUUAACAUCUCCAAAUAUUCUCUGACAACGGACGCUUUUUUAAAAUAAGUGGUUCUCGUUUUGUAGACGAUAUACCUACACUUGAUAACAGACUCUGUGCUAUUUUGUAGUGUUUUUUUUUAUAUUUCUGUAUAUUAUUAUUGUGAACUCGUAAUGUACAAAGAAUUAGCCAAAAUAUUAAUUUAAUAAAUUAUAUACACUGUUAA